AUAGCUUAAAUGUACUGUAAGCUGCUUGUGUAAAGGCGUCUGCUUAAUGCAUAUAUGCAAGUACAUUCUGAUUAGUGCGGAAGUCGGUGAGCUUUGAAGGAGGCGCCGGAAUUACGGUGAUUUGCGUCACCAAAAGCCCGUCUGCCCCCAGCGCGAGCGCAGCGAUGUGAGACUCAGCUCUACUCGACUCUGACUCGCGGGCUGCUUCUGGGUCUCGUGAGCGGCUCUGCUGGAUAAUGCACAUCUAAAGCGUGGUUGAUGUUUGUGUCAGACGGCCAUGUACAGCUCGUCGUUGAUCGCGCGAGGAGUUUUGCUGUGUGUGGUGUUUGAAUGCUCGCUCUCUGUGCGGGACAGUCUCCGAGUCAGACAGGAAAGGAGUGAUGCUGAGCGCCGGCUGCCUGCGCUGAGACUCUCCACGCUGCACUUGCAGGACCUGUGUGUCCGUGUGCGGCUCUCUGUCCGACCUCUGUUGGCAAAUGAAACCCUGAAGAUUGAGUCGAGCGACUCUGAAACGGGUGACUCCGACACGCUGCUCAUGUGGAUCCAGAGCAACACUGUUAGGUGGAUCAGCCGUAGUAGUGGUCAGCCUCACACAGCUAAAAUCCAGAUGCAUGAUCUGACAUCCCAUCAGGCCUUUUGGACAGUGCGGUAUGACUGUUUCCCAGCCCAGCCUGGAUCCACCGUCAGCGUGUCUGUUCACAUUCACAGUCAUGAGCUCAUCAGUGCAUAUUAUGUCGUAGAGCACACAGAUCCAGUGCCCAAAGCCAGUGUUACUGUGGAUGAGCAUGCUAAACGCUUCACUGUACGAAUGCAAACAGACCAAAGAGUGAGGAUGAGCCUGUGCUAUAAACACUCACAUGCAGAAUGUUCUGAAAUAAUCCAUUUACAUGAGACUGACUCGACCGUUAAUCUGAGCUUCCCUUACCUGGUACCUUGUGUCUGUGUGCAGCUGUGGUUUCCAGGCUCUGAUUCCAGAAGAAACACUCAGUGUCCCUUAAAAGAGAGAGCGCUGCCACGUGGAGAUGAUAUCUUGUCCUCGAGCUCUGCUACAGUUCGUGGCUCUGUUCUGCGUUGGGAGCCUCUCUGCCCCGCUGACCAAUCAGAUCCCUCUGCCUCUGUGUGCUGGCGAAUCCACACGCAGAACUCUUACUGUGUCCCCGCCCCCAACGCCAGCCUCCAUGGGACGAAACUGCAAUAUAACGUGUCUGCUGUAGAUAGACACCCUCAGAUGUGUGUGAAGUUUUCUCUAAAUGGCAGUCGUCGAGUGUUCUGUCCGUUCGAGUCAGAGGGCCGCUCCGAGUGGAGCGUGAUGGUCGUUCCUGGAUCCCUGCACCUGCACCUGCACCUGAGGUCCAGCGUCGCUGCGUCGUUUGCUGCUCAGCUGUGCGCCAGACGGGGAGAGACGUGUUCAUCUCAAGGAAGCAUCGUCUCACAGCGGGUGGAUGAGGACGCCACUGAGGCUGAGCUGAGCGUGCCCUUCCCCUUCCUCUCAUCUGGACUGUGUGUGCAGGUGUGGCGCUUGGAUCUCCGUGGAAGACGAAUCAUUUGCCCUGACUUCACACACAGGCGAUGGGGUCUCAUCACUGGCACUGCAUUGGCUCUUCUGGCUGCGGUGACCGUACUGGUCUGCAUCACGUGCUACCUGGUCAAAGGAAUCACAUCAGUGUGGCGGAGCGCUGAAAGACGUCCCGUGCUGCUGGUGUGCUCGUCUGAUCAUGCCGCGCACAUCGCUGCCGUCUGCAGUCUAGCCUCCGGCCUGCAGGGGGAGCUCUUCGUGGACGUGAGGCUGGCGCAGUGGGCAUCCUCUCUGGCUCAGCUGGGACCCGUGCCGUGGCUGUACGGACAGUGUCAGGCGGUGCAGAAGGUGGGCGGUCUCGUCCUGAUCGCCUGGAGCCCUGACGCCCUUCAGGCUUUUCUGAGACGGACGAAGAGCGAUAGGGUCGUUGGAUCGGAGUUCUCUGAGACUGGUCUUUAUAGUGCUGUUGCAGAGGAAGAGCAGAAGAGCUGUGAUGGAGAAUGGAUGGAGAAGCCAGUGGAGUCGUCUUCUAUCACGGCUCCUGUGUUCAACGCCGCCCUCUCCUGUCUGUGGACGGGAUUACACAGCGAUGGCCACGCCAGGGGGUUUGGACUGGUGUGCUUCCAGGGCCUUAACAACAACAACAGCAGCAGCACUUACAUCCCAAAACAGCUCCGCUGUGUCCCAAAGUACUGUCUCCCGAAGGACCUGUCCUCUUUAAUACACGACCUGGGAGAGCCCACAAGAGCCCACGGGAGUGGCCGAUGUUGGCCACGUCUUCUGUCCAAAACGCUGUCGUUCUUCAUGUCGCGUCAGCUCGUGCCCAGACUAGAGGCAGGACUCCCUGGGCCGGGUUUUCCCAAGAGCUCACGGAAAUUAGUGCGCGGUACAAAGUGGAAGACGUGGAGGCAGAAAAAGCGGCGAAGUAAAGUGGUAUCUGGGUGUUUGUCCAGAAAGGAAUGCUCAAAGAAACAUACUGCGCCAGAGCUACUAGGAGCUGCACACACGUCACUGAAAUCAUAGCAGGGUGAAGCGGCUUCUCUCUCUGACUGAACUCACUCUGUCGUCUUGUUCUUUGCAUGCACCGGUACACAGAGGGAAGGAGAAAGCCAAUUCAGAGGCAUCAGAGCAGAGGUGAGUCCAGCUUUACAGUCUGUCCAGCAGGGGGCAGAAACAUCAAACUGUUGCCUUCAAGUCUUCCUGUGAGGUUCCUGGUAAACCACUGGCUCUGGACGAUUCUAGACGAUGCUUGAAACUUCGUAUUGUUAGCACUUCUCAUGUCAUUGCCUGCUUAAGAUGAAUCACUUGUUGUAUUGAUAUACCAGACACUUUUAUCCAAAGCGACUUAAAAAGAAUGAAAUGAACUCCCAGCAAAGACUCUGGUUUGCAUGGCUUCUGCUCUGGUUUUUCUAAAAAUGAAACGCACCCAACCUGGAAAGUCUGGACUCAAAGGAAACCUACUGGUAACUGUGACAUUAUGGUGCUGUUCACAUAUGAUCAUUCUGACAGCUGAAGGCAGCAAUAAAUAUCCAGUAAGCAUUCCCUCGAGGGAAGAACCAGUGCUGGCUGAAGACAUUCUCCAGAAGAAGAAGAAUUCAUGAAAACAUUGUAUUUUUGUAUAAAGACCUGCUUCAGAGGACUUGUAUUUGUAUUGUACCACUGAACGUCAACACCUUGGAACAAAUGUUAACCAGAAUCAGCAAUUCUGUGUUGUAAAUAAAUGCAUCAAACAU